GUCUGGUGUGGUUGCGUCAUGAGAGUAUGCACCCUCUUGUGCAUGAAAGAAGGUAUAUGCCCAGCACAUAUACGGGCUUAUAAUAUUUAAUCAUAAGGAUCGGGGUUCAACCCCGUCCAUUGUCCUGCAAUUUCGUCGGCUGAUUACUAUGACACACGUGCGUGAUACGAGCGAAAUCGGAGCAUCCUGUUGAUCCAUUGUAUCCAGAACCAGUAGCGACUAAAACUUCGGGCCUGCUGUACAUAAAAGAGGACAUUGUCGAGCAUUCUUCUGUUUUUACUGAAUUGCCUGUGUUUAAGGAUAUCUUGGACCAUGGAUUACCGAUUAACAAUCUUGGUGUGCAUUGUCCUCUUCGCCCUCGUGUCGGCCUCACCCGUCCGAGAGAAGCGCGACAUCAUGGAGUCGAUGAAAGGCGCUUGGAACGACAUGGUGAAGACGCUCAGCGACGCGAGCGACGCCGUCGUGCACGUCUUCAAGCCUACCGAGCGCAGCGUUGUCAACAAAAUGGCCGACGGGAUCAAAGAUCUGACCAACUGACAACUUUUUAUUAUGCUUAAGUUAAAAGGUUUUUUACAAGUUAAUUUAAAACGCAAAAGAAAAAAUCUUACUCGUAAUUUUGUCGCCACAUUUGUAAAAUCUCCAUUGAUUUCCCGAGAUUUCCACUUGCUUGAAAUUUUAUCGAGAGCCGAUUUUAAAGUGCUCAAUAUUUUCUUUCACUUUAACUGGCUUUUAACAUUCAGUUAAAUGUAUUUUUUUUUUCUAUAAAUGAUAAAUAGUUUUUUUACGCUUGCAGUUGUAUUUUUCACUGGAAACUUUUCGAUCGCUGGCAGGUUCCCUCGCAGUGUGACCGCAGCCUUACACUGUUACAUCAAAUGCCGUUAUUACGCAGUUUUCCAGUUCUACCGGCCUCAGACAUCUGUUACAUAUAUCGUUAUCAGUACCUAAUACAUUUAUAAUUAUAAAAGUUUAAUUUUUUUUUAUAUAAAGGAGUUAAUUAAAUAUUGGUUAUGUUUAAUUGGGAUUUAUUGGCAAGUCUUUGCAAUCGUGUGAAAAUAUGUUAUUUUGCUUAAAUACAGGGGUUAUAUUUAAAUGUAAGAUGAAAAAUAAAAUGAGAACAUUU